AUGUCCUUUUCCAAGGAUAAAGCGAAGGAGCAUCGUCGAGCCAUACGUGCUUUUGCUGAAAGCGAGCCCUUGAACAGUAGUGACAAUGAAGAUGGACUUGAUAUAAUUGCAUCAUCGCGUAAAGGCUUGAACCUUUCACAGUAUAUUGACGUCUUGACGCAGUCGCAAAGCCAAUCUCAGCAUGCCAAUGCAGGCGAAAGCUCUCAAGAGACCACGGACGAAGUCACUGAUGAUGAUCUUGUCGUAGCCAAAGCAUCCGAGUCACAAAGUAUACACGAAUUGAGUUCAGAGGGGGGCGAUGAUGCAUUUGAAGAUGCUGUUGAAGAGCUAGAAUCCGAAUGGUCAGACGAGGAUCCUCGAGCGGUAUAUCGGGAUUUCAAAAACCGAAGAACCAUGAAGCGUAAGCGUGUUGCAGCCGAGACAAACAGAAUUCGGGCAGAACGCAAGACCAAGACGUCAGCGGCCGCAAGCAUUGUCGGCCGCAAACCCUCAAAAAAGAAAAAUACAGCUUAUGGGUCCAUGGACUUUGACCAUAAUUCCUUGCAUGAGGAUGCCAACGUUGCGACAACCUUUCUGGAUGAGCCCAUCCCGGAGUACUUUCUAGCACGACAAGCGGCCUUGAAAAAGCUGCACGAGGCAGGUCUACGCUAUCCACCCAGCUAUCAUGACAUUGAAUUUCUAGACCCCGUGACAGAGGAAAAGCCACAACUUGAGAGAGCUGUGAAGCCUCAGCGGGAGAAAAAGGAUAUCAGGCUGAGAGAGUCAGGUGGAAUAAUUCCUGCACCAAUCGCGCAAUGGCUUCGUGACUACCAAGUUGAGGGCGUAGAGUUUUUGCACGAACGUUUUGUCAAGCAGACUGGGGCCAUUCUGGGUGACGAUAUGGGCCUUGGUAAAACUAUUCAGGUCAUUGCAUUUCUGACGGCGGCGUUUGGCAAGACUGCAACGAACAAUGACGCAAAAUGCAUGCGGAAGAUUAGGCGUAUGCCAGGUAAACGUUGGUAUCCGCGAGUACUCAUCGUUUGCCCAGGAACACUAAUGCAGAACUGGGAAGACGAAUUGUCAAAGUGGGGAUGGUGGGAGGUCUACAGAUUUCACGGUGCCAAUGUUGCUGACCGGAAAGGCGUGCUGGGAGCAGCAGCAAAGGGCAUGCUUGAGAUCAUGAUCACAACUUACACCACGUACCGUAAUAACGAAAGUGAGAUGAAUACUGUGGACUGGGACUGCGUCAUCGCUGAUGAGUGUCAUCAAAUCAAGAGCAAGGAUGCGGAAAUAACCAAGGCCAUGAAUCGAAUCAACGCUCUCUGCCGCAUCGGGCUUACAGGUACCGCCAUCCAGAACAAAUACGAGGAACUUUGGAAUCUACUCAACUGGUCAAGACCCGGUGCAUAUGGCUCAGCGCAAGAAUGGACGCAGAAAGUCAGCAAUCCACUCAAAAUGGGUCAAGCGCAUGAUGCGACCAACGCUCAACUUGCUGAUUCACGAAGUAGAGCACAGGAGCUAGUUCAUAACAUACUACCAAGCGUGUUCCUCCGCCGAAUGAAGACGCUCAUCGCACACCAGCUUCCUAAGAAGAGUGAUCGUAUUAUCUUCUGUCAGCUUACCGAAACUCAGGCUGAUGCUUAUCGAACUUUUCUGGAAAGCGACCGAUGUGAAUUUAUCAGAACAUCCAAAGAAGAGUGCGACUGCGGUUCGAAAAAGACGAGAGGACAUUGCUGUUACAGCGUGAUUCCUUCCGAAGGACAACCUUGGCACAGGUUCAUGUUUCCUUGCAUGGUUACACUCCAAAAACUUGCCAACCACCUCGCACUCAUUGUGCCAGUAUCAUCCGACAGUCGCGAAAAGCAAGCAAAAGAUCUACAAAAUUUGGAGAUUGCAUGUCCGGACACAGUCAAGGACUUGUUCCAGAUUCGCGACAACAUCCUCAAUCAAUCACAGAGCGAGUUCUGUGGGAAGUGGAAGGUGUUACGGCGCAUGCUAGACUUUUGGCACUCAAACGGCGACAAGGUGCUCAUAUUCUCGCACUCAGUCCGGUUGCUGCGGCUUCUCAAAGGUCUAUUUGACGUUUAUGGAACAAAGUAUAACUUCUCGUAUUUGGAUGGCAGUAUGAAGUAUGAAGAGCGAUCGAAAGCCGUGGCGGACUUCAACGCAGAUGCGAACCAGUUUGUCUUUCUUAUCAGCACCAAGGCUGGCGGAGUUGGACUGAACAUCACGUCUGCUAACAAGGUUGUCAUCAUGGAUCCCAAUUGGAAUCCCGCGCACGAUCUCCAGGCACAGGAUCGUGCAUACCGGAUCGGCCAGACGAGGGAUGUGGAGGUUUUUCGUCUGGUUUCUAGCGGUACGGUUGAGGAAGUUGUCUACGCUCGCCAGAUCUACAAGCAGCAGCAAGCCAACAUUGGGUAUAGCGCAUCAGAAGAGAGGCGCUAUUUCAAGGGCGUCAUGGACAAGUCGAGUAAGAAGGGCGAAUUAUUCGGAUUGGAGAACUUGUUCAGCUUCGAGCAAAACAGCAUACUACGCGACAUCUUACACAAGACAAACAUUGCUGAAUCAAAGGCCGGCAUCACAGCCUUUGAUUUGCAGCUUGAUGAGUCUCAGGCAGAGUCCAAUGAUGAUGAAAUCCUUUCUAAUAAAGCACUUGGCAUCACCGAUGACGACGGCAACCUUGCUGAGAUCAAGAGGCUUGCAGACUCAUUCCUGUCAACGCAUACAAGUGACACGGAACCACGCAAAGGAAGAAAAAUACCACCAAAGCGCAAAGGUCCUGAUCCUAUCAAUGCCAUUCUCGCACGAGCUGGAGUCCAGUACACGCAUGAGAAUUCCGAGGUCAUUGGCCGCAGCGAGAUAGAAGCUCGUCUCGGCAAACAAGCCAUGGAACUUCGCCACGAUGCCGAUCUAGCUAUGAAAAGAGUGUUCCAGGCCUCACAAUCACAGUCGCAACCUGAGCAUCACUCCCACCAAUAUGACAGCCCAAACGACGACGAUGACGACGAGCUCCAACUUACGGCGAGCAGUACAAAGGGUGAGUUUCAGAUUAACUAUCGAUACCGACCUGAUGAGCGCAUCCGUAAGCGCCAGUUUUGCAGCAUGGCGGAGAGCAUGGGGUUUGAGGAUCCGCUGGAACUGGCGCUGCUUGUGGAGAGUUCCACGCAGGAACAGAGGAGGAAGAUGCUUGAGCGGUUCUACAGAGGGAGGAGGAGGGAGCUGCUCGAGGAUUUUAGUCGCGCAAAGAAGCUUCGCUUGAAUAUUCGUGCGACUUCUGCAGCACGCUUAGACUACGUGAAAUGUUACUGGCCAUUCCUCCUGAGCAAGAUUCGCGCAACGCUUACACACGGCAGGAAGGAAGCCGGAUCAUGCAAGCGCAGAUUCCAAUCCUUGGCAAACGACUCGAUAUUUUCAACGAAAAUGAAUGGCACACAAAAAGCUCUAGACGGCUUGAAUGAGCAUGUUGGUAUUGCUGGGCUCAAUGGCGUUGCUGUCUCCGCGCAAUGGUAUUCACCAGGGCCGCUACAGGGUGAUGGCAUCACAUUUGAAAUAGAUCACUCACAAGCAUCAACAUACAGCAGGCAAAAUGCGAAGAGGAGGUUUGAGGGCCAGAUGUUGUGA